UCGGCUCGGGGAAGAUGAAAGAUAGCUUUGCUGAAGAGCAUUUGUAUUUGGAUUUUUCUCAUCAGUACAGAGAUGGCAUCUUUCCUCUUCAUACAUCUAUUUCACUGUUUUUGCUAUCCUACUGUGACUGCAAAUUAUUCAAAGUUUUCUUAGUGCCAACUGGUGAAGAUGUGGAUGAUCAGUCUGUGAUGAAUGUCCUUGGUGAUCUUGAGGUCCAUUUCAUCUCCAGAUAUCAGCUUCCAGCAGUUGUGCAGAGCUGCUGUUUACCUGCUGUUGUUGUGAAAGAUGGCAAGUUCUGCCGAGCUGGGCUUUCUGUUGUCUUAAGGCAUAUAAUACAGAAAACAUAUGAGGCAGAUCCAUCUAAAACAGAUGUUGUGGAACUCUUAGGCUUUAAGAAGACCUGCUUAAAAGCCUGUGCUGAAGUUAGCCAGUGGACCAGACUUUGUGAGAUCAGCAUACCUCUGGCUGUUGAAGGCUUUUUGAAGGCAUCUCCUGAGCAAUGUCUUACUAUUCCUCCUGAUAUUUUACAACUUGAAAAGAAGCUUGGAGAACCUGUCCGAGUACAUAAUGAUGACAAAAUUCGAAGGCAGAAACUUCAACAACAGAAGGCAGGUGCCAAGUCUACAAUGUCUGCCGUUGGUAAAGAAGCAACAGAGGAAGGAAAAGCAGUGGAAAUGCAGGAACAUCCACUCCCAAGUUUGGAACUGAGCAUAGCUUUCUCCAAGCUACUUGUGCAGGAAAGAUCAGAUGUAGGCAACAGGGAGGCCUCUCACAUCAGGAGAACAAAAACCUCUGACCUUCCACCUUUGGACCACAUUUUUGCAGAAGGGCUUUAUUUUACCUUGGCAGAUGUAGUGCUUUUGCCUUGCAUCCAUCAGUUCUUGGCUUCCAGCAGAAAACAAGGCAAAAAUCUGGUGAAUUUGCCCCUGAUAUCCAGUUGGUAUCAAAGAGUUCAGGAAGUACCUGGAGUAAAAAGAGCUGCUGCCAAGUGCAAUAUGGAGCUUCUCCAGCUUCCAGAGGUGAUGUCUGCUCCAGAGGAACAGCCACAAGACUAUUGUUCAGUUUCUGAUGAAUUGGAAGAGGAGAACCAAGACAGUCACUUUAUAGGUGGUCCAAGGCCAACUAUGACUAAGUUAAUGGAAAAUGGUAUUGAAGCAAAGUUUUCUCCUCAUCCAUGCCCCAAGUGGACCCUAGAUUGGUCCACUCUACCAUCUGCAGUCAAUCCUGGAGAAGGAAAGAUGUCCAGAGACCGGGCUCUGAGGAAGCAGCAGCAGUUGAAUAAUUUGGUGUCAGUGGUGACAAAGCUGGCUAAGCCUGGAGAUGUGAUUGUGGAUUUUUGCAGCGGAGGGGGUCAUGUUGGAAUUGUUCUUGCUCAUAUGAUGCCAUCAUGCCAGGUGGUGCUCAUAGAAAAUAAGGAGUUGUCUCUGAUCCAUGCUAAAGACAGAAGUGAUGAACUAGGUUUAAGCAAUAUUUGGUUCAUUCAAGCAAAUAUGGACUAUUUUAAUGGGACUUUUAAUAUUGGGGUGGCUCUGCAUGCAUGUGGUGUGGCAACAGACAUGGUGAUUGAACACUGUAUCAAGGCACGGGCAGCCUUUGUCAUCUCCCCUUGUUGUUAUGGCUUCAUCCAGAACACAGUGAAGUUUAAAUAUCCACGAAGUCAUCAGUUCAAAGAAAUUUUGUCCUACAAGGAGCACAUGAUCCUUUGCAGAUUUGCAGAUCAGACAGCUGUUCAGCUUCCACCUGAACGCAGGCUCAUUGGAAAGCAGUGCAUGGGGAUUGUGGAUCUGGAUCGUGCGUGGGCUGCAGAAGAGCAUAACUACUCUGUCCAAGUUGUAUCUAUGGAGCCAGAGAGUUGUUCUCCAAAGAACAAUAUGUUUGUGGGCAUCGCUGCUUAGAGUGUGAAGCUUGCACGUGAUUUGAAGUUGAACAUAAAUCUUAAGUGCAUAAUGACAUCCAGGAGAUAGAAGCAUAGCUGGGAAGCAGACAUCGCACAUCUUGAACCCAUUGGGUUCAGAAAAGGAAGCAGCACACGAGGUCUCAGAAAAUGAACUGCAUGCAGACCAUCACAAAUCGUCUUUGUGCUAUUAAGCAACUUUUGGUUCUUUUACUGAGAAGUUUCUGGAUCUAAUGACCCUUCACAGAAUCACAGCCAUCUGUAAAGGUUUAGGAAAAAAAAGCUAGCCUCAUUGAAGGGAAGGUGAUUUCCUUUUCAGUGAAGCUGUCUUGGCUGCUUCAAAAUUGCAUUCGUGGUCAAAACUUCCUUCGUGUUCAUAAGCAGAGCAGUGACCAGCUAAUAAUGCAGAUCACUAGAGGAACAGAAAAGGUCAGAUUUGGGGUGUCAGUGAAGAAGACUGUGCAACAGCUGAUGGCUUGACUUUGCUGAAGAAUCCCCUGCUGCUGUAAGGUUAUUUUUAAUAAAAGUUCCUAAGAACAACUUGGGCAUCAUUCUAAUACAAAAA